ACCAACGAACCAUGACUCGGCCAAAUACCAGCUGGCUUGGAAUUGCCAUCUACCUUUGCACCGCCUCACAUUCCACCAGAGCAAUUACGAACAUUUGCCACUCUAUACUUUCCCCGCUUUAGCAGAUUCCUAUGGUGACACAAGAUACGGGUUCGCGCCAUGGUUUCUCAAAAACUCAAUCUGGCUCUCUGGAAUGCACCCAACUCUAUUGCUACGACGUCCUUCAUUCUCCAGUCCCGACAGGUCGGUACCGGAUUGCUCCAAUACCAUGGCCACUGCAUUCCUAAUUGGGGAAUUGCGAGCAAGGCGUACCUUUGGUUCACGAUUCACCUAGCCCUUCUAGCUUUGAAAAUUGCAUCAUUUCUGUCCUUGUACGGCUCACUAGCUUUCGGUGUGGCGCAAGGCGACCAGGAGUAUAGAUUGAAUUAAGGUGACAUUGCGUAAGAGAGCUCCACAUUGAGGAAAACGUGGAAUUCGC